AUGGCGAACUGGCAGCAAUACAAUCCCUUUGUGAAGAGGGAUUCCCACACCAAUGGUACAAUCCUUACCUACAAGAUCCUCACCCUUUUCACCUGGAUCCUGUCGCUCGUUGUCACCGUCUAUUACACCCUCCACCGUCCCGAUGAUGGCCACACGCGGAACCGAAAGAUCUGGGAGCAGAACCACAUGUACCGCACUGCUUUCACUCUGAACCCAAUCAUCACUUCCAUCUACUGGAUUGUCCUGUUCAUUCUCCAGGCUGGUUACAUUGGCCAGCUCUUCUCGAGCAACUCGGAUAUCGUUCACGCUGCCGCUAGCGUUGGAAGCCACUUCAUCUUCAACAACCUCUUCCAUUUCGCAUUUGUCAUGCUCUUUGUCCGCUCGCACUUUCACUGGGCCGAGGUUAUCCUGGUGCUCAACUUCAUCAACCUCUCCUCGCUUUACUUCCGCCACAACACGUACCCUCGAUUUAUUCAUACGCCUGUUGUGUCUGCGCCCCUGGCCUGGACCUUUGUCGCAAUUUAUUGGAACGGUGCUCUGAUGAUCCCCCACCCUCAUCAUCUGAUUCCCCGUAUCUUUGGAAAUAUCUUCAUCUGGUCCAUUCUCGCUUACGGACUCUUCUUCAUCGUCGUCUACAAGGAUUACACUAUGGGCUUCUCGCUUAGCGUCUUUGCUGCCGCGAUUGGAGUCUCCCAGUUCCUUCACCAGGUGAUUGCCUUCCAAUGGAUCUUUGCCUUCAUCAUCAUGUCUCUGCUUUUCGUCGCCACUGUCGUUGUGGCAGUCCCUGCCGCCACUGGUCGGGAGGUCAACUGGCGCAGCGCACCUGCUGACAAUGAGCGUGCUCCUCUCCUUGCUGACAACUAA